UUUUGCUCCAUGAGUGCAUCGACAAACGUCAUUAUUAUUUGUUUCAUUGAGUAAAGAUAAAGAAAGAUUUGAGUAUCGUCAGGAUUCGAUAGUUCAUUGUCGCGUAUACUCAUCGGGAGGUACAAAAAUGCGAAGUUUCUGCCUACAAUGUUUGUGUCUCGCGGUACUGUUUUCACGAAACUUGACAAAUUGUACGAUCGCCGAAGAGGAGGAACCCAGAAGAACUUUUCCUAUUCGCAGAGCGAUCGAUGGAACCCGAGGAAGAAAAUACUACGACCCGGAAGUGGAUAGUACGUACGACGAUUAUGGAUCCUCGAAUGGUCGGUACAAUCCGUACGAAGACGAGACCGAUCUCUCGGACAUCAGGGACAACGUUCCAGGCGAGCCAGGAGUCGAUUAUCCUGCAUAUUCGAGAUUACCUCAAACGGAAUUCGUCUGCGAAGCUCAUUACAGAGGCUAUUAUGCUGACGAGGCGGCCGGGUGUCAAGUAUUUCACGUGUGUGACGGUAGUUUUCUCGUCUCCUCGUUCCUAUGCCCGGUCGGUUCGAUCUUCAGUCAAAAAUUGUUGACCUGUGAUUGGUGGAACAAGGUUGAUUGUUCGUUAACCCGUAAUUACCACGUUAUAAACGUCGAGAGUCACGUCAGCGAGGUUGACGACGAUGAGAUUUUGCGAAAGGCCUUUGAGAUGUCGAGGGUCCGAUCAGCUGGCGAGAGAAUUCCAGCGGAGACGGUUAUCGAGGAGCAGGAUCGGCCUGGAGACCGGAGGAAUCAAAGGGUUUUUAAGUACACCGGUAACACGGUGACCGAGCGAACCAAUCACCUUCCGACCGGACGAGAAAGUUAUUCCGAUUAUCCGGAUUAUCCAUCUCGCCACUCGUCGAGAUACAAGGCGACGACGAACACUAAAAAUCGGCAACAAUAUCAAGGAAAGGAUUAUUACUCCGGAGACGUUGGAACGGACGAGCGCAACUCCGAGGGUGAAAAUCCGUCGAUUAAAAUUUACACUAUCGGCCAAGAUCGCAAAAACGAUCGACAAGGCUCGCUCAGAAACGAAUUUCAAGCUUCUUACGCCCCUACCGUACCAACGGUCACGACGCUUGCCAAACGAUUUUAUUCCCCGACCGUACCAACGACCUACAGACCUCCAACGACCAGAAACGCUUUCGACAGAUAUGACCUUGAAUUCGAGAGCUCCGAUCAUCUCUAUACAGCGCGCGGUCGCUCCGAGGAGAUCGUGAAAGCGGCGACGCCGGCUCCCAUCUCCACUAAAAAUAAUAACCAACCGGUAGACUCGAGUUCAACAACCUUUUCCAAUAUUAAAAACGACGUUAAUGACAUCGAGAAAUCGGAAAUUCCUCACGGACCUACUCAAUUACCGAUCGAUUCCCCUGCUCAGAAUUCAACUGACGUUCAAUCCCUCAACGCAACCAUUGAAUCUCUCGAUCGCAAGGAAAAAAUCAUAACGCAAGAUCUCGAUCGACUGUCGGAAAAAAUCACUGAAACACUUUCUAUCCUCACGAUCGGCGACGAGAAUCGUGAUCCGAAUGUUUUCUCGUAUAAUCACGAGGAAGACGCGCGCUCUCGGGAUCGAAACGUCGAACACAGCCCUGAGCCCUCCGGCAUCCCGGAUUCAACGAAUUCCAGUGCUUCAGGGAUUUCUGGGAACGUUUAUAAACCGGCUGAAUUUUUGAUCCCACCCAAAGAAAAUCAAGACGAAUUUCGCAUCAUGAUUCCUGACGAAUUUUCGACCGGUAAGAACGAAAGUUUAUUCUCAAAUCCGGACGAACUGUCGGGCCAAAAUAUUACACAUGAAAUUCAGUCUACGAAAGCUCCUGCAAGUACGAAAAAAUCUCAAUCACCAAAUGACGGAAAUAAAAAUCGAGAGUCUCGCAUAUUUCGUAUUAUCAUCGGCAACAACACGGUCGACUCGGAAUCUUCGGAAGAGCUAAAAACUCCGAAAAUUGUCAUUGAGAGAGUAAAAUCUAUUGACUUGAGUCCAGACUCGUUUGCCAGCGCAGGGACUUUUAUCGGAACGAGCGUUAUUCCCGAAAACUCGGAAAAAAUCGUACAAUCUGUCGACGCGAGCUCUUUCAAUCUAACUAAAUCGAUAGAAUUCCUUCCGACAACUUUCAGCCCAGAGAACUCGAGCAGGGAGAUCGAGCUUCCCCAAACCGUAGAUUCGAUCGAACUCGUUCAGGAAAAUAUUAAGGAUAACGAUUCGAGAAGAGCGAACAACUUGACCUCCAUCGAACGAGACUCGACGUUAUCUCCGAGUGAGAAUGUCCUCGUAACGCAACCGAUUUCGCACGACCGAGAAGUUCCAUCGAACGCGAGUAAAAUCGGUGACGCGAUCGAACUUUCUUCCUCGCCGAUCGAGUUCACCCUGUCCGUGAAUAAAAAUCAAAAGAUCGAUCCGAACGGUGAAGAAAUACGUGAGCUAAUAGCACAACCGGAAAUCGGUGACUCGAUCGGUGCGGCUGAUUUCAAGAGUUUUGAGAUCGUGAGAUCGGACGAGCAUAAUUCCUCGCCUCCCGACCUCGAAUCUGAUGGUUUUAAUAACCAGAACUCGAAAACCGAGAGCACUCAAAACGGGAAUGGAAACUUGCGGAUUCCCCAGGGAAGCGAGUUCGAGUCGAUGAAAUAUUUACAAAGUUUCGUCUCCUCGGCCAAUGGGCCAAACGUACCGAGACCGUUUUCCUUGGAACAGACCGUGAUCUCGAAACUCGUUAAAGCCUCUUCAAACGCGGAGGACAAAACGAUUUCUACGAGUUCCCCAUCCUUUUCUGGUGCACCGGAACAUUUGCUGGUUUCCGGAAUCACAGACGCUUCCGAUCGAUCGACGGAAGAGUUAAACGCGGAAGAAAACUUGGAAACUUUGAAAACUGCUCCUUCGGGAUUGACCACGGAUCUCGAAAAGAGUGGAGCCGUCAGCCAGCUGAGUCAAAUUUUUGGUCGAAGAAAUCCAAAAACUGAUGAUUCCAAAUUGGUUUUCGAUUUGCCAGAAUCGACGAGACUUUACAAUUUUGAGACGGGACUGCCACUCGACGAUUCCGAAAAAUCCAGCCCCCGAAUUGAGCAAGAACAUCGCACUCAGAGAUCGAACGAAACCAAUGAAGAAACGCAAGAAGUUCAUACCGAAACUGUCAUUAAAACUGAAUUCAUACCGUCUUUAGGAUUCUCCUUAAACACCGAUGAAGAAAGAGAGGAAUACAUGGAAGCUGUUGUCAAAGGUUUAUUGCACGACGUAACAACGGCCAACACGACCAAUCACGAAAGCAACACGAGUAUUGAGAGUUAGAUCGAUCGCGAGAUACGAACGGUACAAAACACUUUACUUAUUCCCCAAUCCUGACAAUAACGAAAGAAUUUUUUACAUUUUCUUCAUGGACGAAAUAAAAAGAUGCAAUUUUUACAUCCAUUUGGACUGGUCACGGUUUACCUAGAGAUUCUAGGUGCAGAGUGUGGCAGCCCAAAAUAAAUGACUGAAAGAAUUUAUUUUAUCAUUUUCUAAGAAAUAAUUUUUGAUUCACAGCAUUCUUUAUUUUCUUACUCUAUUGAAAGAAUUUUUUUUUAAUUACGAAAUUGCGAAUAGUAGACAUUUGAAUUAAACGAAAACGGCGAAGAUUUCGAAUUGAAUUUUUCACGUGAGAUUCCCGGUAUUCAGUAAUGAAUAAUGUAUAUGGUAUUAUUACGUAGCAAUAAUUGUUAAGUUUAAGAAUAUUUAUCGGCGUUGACAGCAACCGGAGGAAGUUUGCUCCGGCGAUAAUGUCGAGUGAUCGUGAUCGAUAAUAACAAAAUUGAAAUCAAGUCUCACGAAAUCCAGAGAGUGAAAUAAAACGAAGAUUGUACCAAAAAUAGUUGUAAAACAAUGAAAAAAUCUCUGUUACAAACGCUUCAAAUUUUCUUCACAUUUCAGUGAGUUACAUCCCUCUUCAUUGUAUCCAAUUGCGAUUGAGGGGGGGGAACGAUGUUCGUUGAAUCGUCAUUGUAUCUGAUCCUCUCAACAAUUUAUUUGCACACAUUUAAAAAAUUCAGUGUAAUCUGCAUGGUUGUGCGAGUAUAAAGUUUACUUGGUAGAAUUGUGUAAAAAGAUUGAUUUGAAGAUUUUUCAAGGGGCCUCAUACGCUGGCUUUAUAUAUGUAAAUGAUAACAUGUAUGAUAUGUAUUUAGUGAAUAAAUAAUUCAGUGCCUACGUCCAAUUAUAUUUCUUCCAACUUAAUCAGAA